CAACAUAGAACUGUCAACUUCUGCUUUUUGUGCGCUGCACAGAUUAACGCACGUUUCGGUUCAUUUUUAUUUCAACACAGCAUUGCUCAAUAAUGGAAACACUUUUUAAUAGCUAUUACCGAAACUGUCGCCUUAUAUUCCACCAACAUCGAUGAACAAAUGGUAUCUGAAAAUAAAACCAAUCAAUCCAGAAGAGCAACAAUGACACAUUUGAUAUUUGCCAAGAAAGUGAUUUAUCCUUGGGAAUAAAGUCAACACAAGAAUCAGAGGAUGUGUACACUGUCCGGUGGCUCUAUCUGUCCACCAUGAUGGAGAGGACAGAGGAGAACUCUGAGGUAGACCACCCCCCCUCACCUCCGGAGCGUGGAUUACUGCAUGUGUGGCAGUCAGGGGGUCACGGUGAGCAGCUGAGCCCAGAGAGGGUGCUCCUGUCCAGGCCUGUGCUGCAAACUGCCCUGGGAGAGAACCAUGGACUCCUGCUUUCACAAGGAGGUCUGGUGUAUUCAUUUGGGGAACUGUUUUGGAGGGGGCUGAGUGUCCCGCUGACUGCCCCAGUCCUGGAGGUCUCUCUGCAGGGGAGGGAUGUGGUGCGGGUCACUGCGGGGGGCUUCCACUGUGGAGCAGUGACCGCUCAGGGCAGUGUCUACAUGUGGGGCGAGAACACAGCCGGACAAUGUGGUCAGAGCUCGAACAUCACAGUCUCAGAGCCCAGUGUGGUGAGUGUGGUGGACAGUGAGGUGGUCCCCCCGGUUGCAGUGCGGGUCGUGGAUGUGGCUUGUGGACGGGAGCACAGUCUGGCCUUAUCGUCCCAAAACGAGCUGUGGGCCUGGGGCAGCGGCUGUCAGCUGGGACUCGUCACCAAAACAUUUCCUGUUUACAAACCUCAGAAGGUGGAGCACUUGGCAGGCAGACAUGUGAUCCAGGUGGCUUGUGGGGCCUACCACAGUCUGGCGCUGGUUAGAAGUCUUUCUCAGCCUCUCAGCAGUACUCCAAAAACUGUAGAAAAAGUGAAGAGGGAGCGGCGCUGGUCGUCGGGUCACAGUUUUGUGUCAGAAAAAAUGGAGGCGUCAGUGGCUGAAGAAGAUUCUCACUACUGUCCGCUUGGAGUCGAGCUGUCGGAUGUCUCUACAGGGGAGUGUCCCAGAAGGAGUGUUUCCAGAAGGAGCCAAAUAGCAGGCAGAAGUCCGCUCAACAGUAGCACUGGGUCUGUACGGCAGCCACUCGCCUCGCUGGGCAAAUCACACUCUGAACAGAACUCUGUUUGCACUAAAUUGAACUUUGAUGAAUUGUCAGACCAAACAGACUUCAGUCUUAAACCUUCGUCUCACUGGAAAAACAAAAAGAAGUUCUCAAAGGAGCAGGACCUCCAGACUCUGCUGCACAAACUCUCAGUUCAUCCAAUAGAAAUACCUCACACCCCCAACUCCACUGACACAGAAUCAAUGAGUGCAUCAGUUGACAGCUGCGCCUCCUCUACACCAUCUUCAGAUUUGUACUCUUCAAGCUACAAAGACGAAUCUCCGCCUAAAAGUCAAACAAACCACAGCUUUGGGCCUUACUCAUCCUCCCCCGUUGGCGUAGAUGAGGUGCAUCUUUGCCUUCGGGAGCAGAGUCAGUCUCUUUAUAUGGAGAACAGCUCCAGUCUCUCAGACAUAAGAGAGAAAUCUACACAGUACAGGAGGCGAUCACUGCCCGGGAUCCCUUCUCAUGGGUCUCCACGGCAACACCAUUACUGUGCCUGUAGGACGUCCUGUACAGGUCAAAGGUCAGGCAUGUCAGAGGAGGCUGGAGACGGAUUGCCCUGCCUGGAUACUGAGGUGUGGAGUUGGGGCCGGGGCUCCGAGGGUCAGCUGGGACAUGGAGAUCAGCUGGCCAGACUUCAGCCUCUGUGCAUCAAACCUCUGACUGGUGAAGAGGUGAUUAAAGUGGUCGCAGGAUCACACCAUUCACUGGCCAUCACUGCACAUUGCGAGGUGUACUCAUGGGGCAGUAACAUGUGUGGUCAGCUGGGUCAUGUUAACAGCCCAGUCACAGUCCCAAAACAGGCCAAGCUCUCUGAAGGUAUCCGAGUUUGGGAUGCCUCAGCGGGACAGAGCCACUCUUUACUGUUGGCGGAUGGAGACUGUGUGCAGCCCGUGCUCUUGUACUGUGGGCAGCAGCAGGAGCCAAAAACAGAGGAAAGUGAUACACCCCAGAAAGGUCAAAGGUCAUAUCAGAAGUCACCCAACAGGUCUGAGAGCUACACUGUCAGGCCCACUCUGAUGCCUUUCUGCAUGGAGAUAGGUUACAUCAGCAGCAUUCGCAGCGGAGGCCAGACCUGUGCACUUCUUUCAGACCAAAACAUCAUGGGCUUUGUCUCAGCGAUUCAUGAGCUUGCCUCAAGAGAAAGACAGUUCUAUUGUUGGUUAAGCAGCGUCAAGAAGGUCCUCCUCACUCCCCUGCGCACACGAGAGGGUGUGAAUCCCUGUUUAGGAGACCCAUGCACUCGUCUGUUCUUCACUGUUUGUGAGAAGUUCACCCCUUUAAAGCUCUUGAUUGGACGACACUCAGCAGCCCUCAGCUACUUCCUGUACGACCUGCAGAGCUGUGAUGUCACUUCCCUUCCUCUGAUCAUCCGCAUGGACUACUUCCUGGACACUUUUAAAGAGUAUUGCUCUUCUGUAGGUGAUUUUCAGGUCAUGGGUGGAUUUCAGUCCCUUCAGAAACUCUCAAAUGACUGUUUGGGAUCCAAACACAGCGAUCUCCAUCAGCUCUGUGUCUCAGACUCAGGCAAAGAUGAGGUGGACCUGGUUUCACUGUUAUACUGGCCUCUGCAGCAGCUCCACCACUAUAGCAGACUGCUGCUCAAACUGGCUGCCUGCUACGAUGUGCUCACUGCAGAGUACCAGUGCCUUCAUCAGGGCUGUGGUCAGUUUGAGUCUUUGUCGUCAUCGCUGUUAAAAAAGAAAAAAGAGGCAGAAAUGACGUGCAACUUUUGGAAAACCCACUCAGGAAAAACUACUGAGGUGUUGCGUCUCCCUCAUCGCCGCGUGGUUUGUGAGAGCAGCCACAGAAAUCUGACUUUACAGAACGCUGGCCGCUUUUCAAAUCACUGGUUCAUUCUGUUCAAUGAUGCUCUAGUACAUACACAAGGCACUAUUCCCUCUAAGAGUUUUUUUUCCACUUAUCACAUUUACCCUCUGACCUGUCUCUGGGUAAAACCAGUUACUGAAAACAACAAUGGCCUCGAUGCCAUUAAAAUAAUAUGUCCAGAAGAGAAUUUCACACUCGUGGCUUCUACACCACAAGAAAAGAACAAGUGGCUGCGGGCUCUGAACCAGGCUGUUGAUCAGGUGCUUGGAGGAGGAGGUCAUGGGUCAUCACCGGGCGUAACAGCGAUGAUCCGCACGGCCAGUUACACCUUUACCGGAGAGGGACGAUUCAAAGACGCACAAUAUACAGGACAAUGGCAGGCCGGGAGAGUUCAUGGAAGAGGAACCAUGAAGUGGCCCGAUGGAAAGACCUAUACAGGGAACUUUAAAAAUGGAUUAGAGGAUGGUUAUGGUGAGUGCUUGAUGCCCAACAAGGCACUGAAUAAAGCAGACUGUUACCAUGGACACUGGAAAGAUGGACAGAUCCAUGGUUUUGGCAAAUACAAAUAUGCUGCAGGAGAGGUGUACGAGGGCUGUUUUUUUGAAAGCCAGCGCCAUGGUUACGGGAUGCUCAGCUCUGGGAGACUGGCCCGCUCCUCCUCUAGCGUUUUCAUUGGGCAGUGGGUUCACGACAAGAAGAUGGGAUAUGGGGUCUAUGAUGACAUCACCAGUGGUCAGAAAUAUAUGGGAUUGUGGGUGGAUGAUCAGCGCCAUGGAAACGCAGUUGUGGUCACUCAACAUGGCCUGUAUUUUGAAGGGACAUUCAAGGAGAACAAGAUGAGCGGUUCAGGCUUGCUGGUGUCAGAUGAUGACACAACUUUCCAUGGAGAGUUUUCUGAUAACUGGAUUAUAAAUGGAAAGGGUCUCCUACACUUGGCUAAUGGUGACUUCUUUGAUGGUGAAUUCAGUGGAGAAUGGGCUUCACUCAAAGUUACCGGGACGUUUUCUAAACCUGCGGUAGAUGAACCUACGAACAAAGAAAGGAAUAACACACUUGCACUGGGACAGUACGUGGUGCCUGCAGCUCAGAGAUGGGUGUGUGUUUUUGAUGAGUGCUGGGGUCGACUGGGCUGUGAGGCACCUGGAUCAGGACAGAGGACUGUCGCCUGGGACAACAUCGCUGUUACCAUAACAACCACCAGGAGACAAACACCAGACCUCAGUAAAUCCCAAAGUAAAAUCCUGGAGAGUUUGGAGUUAAUUCCUCAACAUGAAGAAAUCGUCACCACUGCAAACUACGACCACAUCCGCAGAUACCUCACUAAAGCAUGUGAGACCCCUCUGCACCCCCUGGGCUGGCUUGUAGAGACCUUAGUGACUGUGUACAGAAUGACUUAUGUGGGAUCAAACCGCAGACUGCUGCGACAGGCUGUUCAGGAGGUCCAAGCCUACCUCACCCACUUUGACUGCAUUGUUAGGUUCCUAUUCCCCGGAUUACCAGAUGAUGGCAGUGUAAUCCCUGAUCCUCCAACCUCUCCCACCAGAUGCAGACACUCCUUCAUCUCUAACACAAUGGAGCAAUGUGUUGUGGUGGUGAGCAGCUCAUCUCUGCUGCUGCCUCUGCUCCUCCCGCGUCUCUACCCUCCUCUCUUCACUCUGUACGGUCUCCAGGAGGAACAGGACGAGGCCAAGUACUGGGAACGCAUCCUCCGACUCAACAAGUCUCCAGACCAAGCACUGCUCAGUUUCUUAGGGGUGAACGAGAAAUUUUGGCCUGUCUGGAUGUCUAUACUUGGAGAGAAGAAACAGAUUGUGUCAAGCAGUAAAGACGCCUGCUACGUCUCAGCUGUAGAGACACUUCAACAGAUCAGCACUACAUUCACUCCAUCGGACAAACUGACGGUGAUACAGAAGACUUUCGAGGAGCUGACACAGGAAGUAAAACCCCUGGUGGAGGAGAACUUCCUGUGGUGCAUGGACGACCUGUUUCCUCUGUUUUUGUAUGUGGUGAUCAGAGCCAGGAUCAGGAACUUAGGAGCCGAAGUCAGUCUGAUUGAAGAUCUGAUGGAUCCUAAUCUUGAGCAUGGAGAGAUGGGGCUCAUGUUUACUACACUGAAGGCCUGUUACAUCCAAAUUCAACAGGAGUCGAUGAUGUAGCAGUUGAAAACAAGAAGGCAAAGAAAACAAGCAAAAUACAGGUUUACAAAAGGAGCAGCAGGAACAAAUUCACCAAAAACACACUAGCAUAAGAAGCUAUAUCGUGGAUGCACUGCCCUCUGCUGGUUACUUACAGAACUGCACUGUUCAUCUCCACCUCAGUGAAGUUAUCAACAUAUACGCUAAAAUAUUGCAUGACAUGUAUGUAGUGCCAAAAAUAACUUUAGAAAUAGACUAUUUAUUUUGUAUCUAACAGCAUUUUAUAUGUAUAGGAAGGGAACAUUGCUAUCUUACGUUUUGCACUAAUUGGUAAACUACUGCUCUUUGUGUGUUUGUUUGUGCACUGGAUUUGAAAGUUCCAUAGACUUUAAUUAAUUAGUUGUUUUGCAACUUGUUUGAGAUAUGGCUCAAUACUGAGUGAAGAGUGUUAGGAAAAUGUUAUUAUGAAUUUCUCUCACUUUGAAUAUUUCGAUACUGAAGGGCAUAGCGUGUUUUUGAAGAAUGUACUAAACUAAAGCAAUAAUAUCAUGUUUGAAAUUUAAUAGAUCUUUUUCACUACUAAACUAUGCAAUACCUCAGACAUGAUUUAAAUUUUUGGUUUAAAAGGGAUUCAACUUUUAGUAUGCAAAUUUGAUGUGUGUAUGCUCUGUAGACGAGAUAUGUAUGCCCUUUUACUUACAUUAAGUUUGAUUCAAAACUGAUUAAAUUAAGUUGUUCAGAAAUGAGAGACAUGCAUUUCUAUCUGUCAAAAGACAUGGUUUGUUUUAAUAUUUUGUAUAUUUGGGGAAUGGUGAAUAGGAGUGCACCAUAAAACAUAACUUCACUUCUGAACAAAUUGAAUUAAAUUAUUAAGUAAUAUACUAUCUAAAGUGUUUGCUUUAUGUUUGUACCUAAAUGAAAUCUAUUUGUAGUUUUUACAAGCACUUACCCACAUGACUGAAUUGUGACAUUCUUAUUUUUAUAGCAUCUGUGUUCUGUAAAAACAACUGGAACAUAUGUUGUUACCUAUUAAAAGGGCAGUAAAUUGUAAUGGAGAUUUAUCAUGUGGUUUCUGAAAAGCUUUCAAAUAAACACAUCUGCUUGGUUUUAGAUCAUAA